AUGGUUAGCUACGACGGGCCUCACCAAGGAAAUGAGAUGUUCAAGUCCUUCACCAGAACCUGGCACAGCCAACCUUACCCUGAGAUCUCGCCUUCCCGUCCCGAGCUGAGUGCUGCUGGAAAAGUCGUCUUCAUCACGGGUGGUAGUGGCGGAAUUGGUAAGGCCACGGCAAUUGCUUUCGCACAGGCUGGUGCCAAAGUCGUCGCCAUCUUCGGACGUCGCAUCAGGAAUCUGCAGUUGGCUGCUGAGGAAAUCAGCAAGGCUAAUCUCGCUGGAACCACCACUGUGGUCAUCGAGAGUGUUGACAUCAGCCAGCGUCUAGCUUUGGAGGGUGCUUUCACCAACGCUAGCGACAAAGCUGGUGGGGCCAAGGUCGACAUUCUGGUCAACAAUGCUGCUUCCCUCAAGCCACCAAACCCUCUCACUACAUACAGCGAGAAAAAGUUGCGCGAAAGUAUUGAGGAAAACUUAAUCGGCUCGUUCAACGUGGUCCAAGCGGUAGUGCCCUUGCUCGCGCCUAAAGCAAAGAUCUUGAACAUCAGCUCGGGCAUUGCACAUAUCAACCCGCUUCCCGGAUUCUGGGUUUACGCAUCGCUCAAGAUAGCUAUCAUCAAGAUGUUCGAUUUCCUCCAGGCUGAGAAUCCGGACCUCGGUGUUUUCAACAUCCAGCCUGGGGUAAUUUCAACUGAGCUCAGCCAAGUUUCCGGUUUUCAAGGGCAAGACGACGUCAUGCUCCCCGGUCAUUUCAACGUUUGGAUUGCUUCGCCUGAAGCCGAAUUCCUUAAGGGGAAAUUUGUCUGGGCCAACUGGGAUGUGGAUGAACUAAAAGCUCUUGCCAAAGAGGUUCAAGAGUCAAUGCUUUUGAGGAUAUGUUUGAAUGGCGUGCCGAUUUAG